CCACCGCUGGGGAUUGGCGCAUGCGGGUACUUAAAGCGUCUGCUAUUGGUUGGCGCGGGGUGUCCGUCGCGCCGGGUGGGCGGGGCUAGGUUGAGGAGGUGGUUGGAGCGUCCGGGCGGCGGCUUAGCCGGCAGCGGAGGUGGCCGAGAGAGCCCGGCGAGAUGGCUGCCAUACGGAAGAAACUGGUCAUCGUGGGAGAUGGUGCCUGUGGCAAGACCUGCCUCCUCAUCGUCUUCAGCAAGGAUCAGUUCCCAGAGGUCUAUGUCCCCACUGUCUUUGAGAACUACGUGGCUGACAUCGAGGUGGACAGCAAACAGGUGGAGCUUGCGCUGUGGGACACGGCUGGCCAGGAGGACUACGACCGCCUGAGACCCCUGUCCUACCCUGACACGGACGUCAUCCUCAUGUGCUUCUCCAUCGACAGCCCUGACAGCUUGGAAAACAUCCCGGAGAAAUGGACCCCGGAGGUGAAGCAUUUCUGUCCCAACGUCCCCAUCAUCCUGGUUGGCAACAAGAAGGAUCUGCGCAACGACGAGCACACGCGCCGGGAGCUGGCCAAGAUGAAGCAGGAGCCGGUGAAGCCGGAGGAGGGCCGGGAUAUGGCCGGCCGGAUCAGCGCCUUCGGAUACCUGGAGUGCUCGGCCAAGACAAAGGACGGGGUGCGCGAGGUGUUUGAGAUGGCCACGCGGGCUGCCCUGCAGGCCAAGCGCGGGCAAAAGAAGCCCCACUGCCAACUGCUGUAACCCCCCUGCUCCCACCAGGCCCUCCCUCUGACCCCCUGCUUGGGGGAGGGGGCGGGAGCUCAGGGCCCCUCAUCACAGCCCCAUGGCUUCUCGGGUAGAGCCGCCCAUCUCCUCUGGCUGCCACAGCUGUGUGGGGUGAUUCGUGGCACAGCCCCCACUCAAUCCCA